AUGAUCCUUUUAUUGAUGACCUUGACCCAGAUAAAUGUGGGUCAAGUUGAAGGUCAAAUGAAGUCAAAUAUCGUGAAGAAGGUUCCUAUAGUCCGAAAUCAAAGUCCGAAAUCAAAGUCCAAAAUCAAAGUCCGAAAUCAAAGUCCGAAAUCAAAGUCCAAAAUCAAAGUCCGAAAUCAAAGUCCAAAAUCAAAGUCCGAAAUCAAAGUCCGAAAUCAAAGUCCGAAAUCAAAGUCCGAACUGUCAGCUGAUGAGAUGGUCAACUCGCCAGGAUUCAGGUCGACCGAUAGUUGUCUCCACAAUCAACACAAGAACUCGUUUGUAUUUUUAUCUGUGACAGGAUUGAAGACCAUGCGGCGUCCACCGAGAUCCUCCGAUGAUGGCAUUUUGAAAGAUGACAUCACCCACCAGCAAACGGAUGGACUGAAGGAGUGGCCCAGCAGCAGCAGCAGUAGCAGCAGUAGCAGCAGCUCUUCAUUCAUCCUAUUCCCCCAUCAAAAAAUCUUCAAAACAGCUGAAUACAGGAAUUCCACUUUCACUUUCAUCCAGGAAGAUGAUGAUUGUUGUGACGGUCGUGGUAAUGAUGUUGACGAUUUUUUUGACGAUAACAAUGACGACGAUGGUGAUGAGAGGUCUGGUGAUGAUAAAGAUUGGUCUUCAUGA